AUGGCCCCAGGCAUUGUUAUCAGUGAUGAGCCUCUCGAAGAAAAGAAGUCCAUCGGAAUGGGUAAUCUCUGGGAUAAAAUUAAGAAAGACGCAGCCGCACGGAAAGACAUUACGCCAGCCACCGAACGCAAACCCAAUAGAGAAUACUUGAAAGCUCAACAGGCCAAGUCCGAUUCGAGUUUUGUUGUAUCAUCACCUUCUUUACAAAACUCAUUGUCAGGUUCCACUCACAAUUAUUUCAAUAAUAUCUUGAAAUAUAUUCCCGUAGGAUGCAUUCGUAUACGCAAACAAGACUGCUCAAUCUCAGAAGAUGAACUUUCUUCGUGUCAGGGUUGGCAAGCACUUCAUCUCCCUACCGAUAUCCACAACUUUCAGCACAAUCUUUUGUAUCUGCCAAAUACGAUUCAGGGCAAAUUGCUUCGUUCUGCAUCUCUUGUUGGUUUUUGCGGAAUCCAUAAUGCUGGCUGGAUCAGAAUGGAGUUUAAAGCCAAGGAUCAACAUAGCGGUCAAGUAAGGGUAUACAUUCUCCCGGAUCAUGUUGGAAAAGCCGUGCUAGAUCGUUCAAGGACACAGCUCCGCAAAGGUAUGGAGCUUCUUCUGGACAAGCUAGACAUUUCAAAUGCUACUUGGCAAGGUACAUGGACAGAUGAUACACCUAUUCUGCACAUCGAUUCUUCAUUAGAUGCGGAAAAUUCACGAGAUAAUAUUUCCGUACUUGACAUGUUCAAUGCUCUUCCAUCCCCAAAACCCGACCCAAAGCUUAUCGAGGAUGAGUAUGUACAAGAUGCGAUGCGUUCCAUCUUGAAAGGCAAUGUACGAGGAUUAAAUCCUGAUACCAAAUUGCAUCCGCUUCAAUGCCAAACGGCAGCUAUGAUGCUACAGCGUGAAACAAGGCCAGCAUAUCUCCUUGAUCCGCGCCUUCGACCGAUGAGAGAUCAGGCUGGAAACAAGUAUUAUUGCGACUUAAGCGCGAGUAUCUGUUUGAGGGAGCCACGUUGUUACGAAGCGCCAAGAGGUGGGAUAUGCGCAGAGAAUAUGGGCUUGGGAAAAACCCUAAUCUGUUUAGCUCUAAUCCUAUCAACAAAAGGUCUGGCAUCUCAAAUACCAGUUGAGCAUUCCGUCGGGUCCAUCCCGGUACGUAGUACUACGGGAUCUCUUCUUGAUAUGGCCGCGUCGACUAUCGGUAGACUCGGAGUUCCGUGGGAGAUAGUCCUUCGGAAGAUAGAAUCUGACCAAGGGACGAAGUUCAACCGAGCUCGUGAAGCGCUGCAGAGAGAAACCGGCUAUUACUGGCAUAUACCUGACCCUCCUCAACACGAAGAAGCCAAUCUGAUAAGCACAAGCCCUAGGAAAAUCUGGCUCACAAAGACUACUCUCAUAGUUGUUCGCUCCAACUUGAUAGAUCAAUGGAUACAAGAAAUUGAGAAACACGCCACCGGUCUCAAUUAUUUGGUCAUAACUGACAUGCGCUCCUUACUACCAACCGCAGAGGUGCUGGCAACCUACGAUGUAAUCUUGCUCACCCAAAAAAUAUUGGAGAGAGAGGAGAUGGGAAUGGUCACCUAUCAUGGGAAACUCUGCCAACUGACAUUGCCCAAUGGUUGCCAGCGCUGCCAUGAGAAAAAUACUGGUUUGGUACAUUGCCCUUGCGGAAACCCUUGGAGAGCGACUCCGUCUACAGUGUAUCAUUCUCCGCUCAAAGAUCUUCAUUUGAAGCGUCUAAUCACAGAUGUAAGACCUAUUUUCGGGAAAGUGACAGGAGACCCUAGAAUAGACGCGAUGAUUCCGAUUGAUUUCUUACGUCUCGAUACGCGUUGGCUCGUUUCGGGAACGCCUGCACAGGGUCUUCAUGGUAGAGACGGCAAGGAUUUGGAAGGUAGCGAGCUUCUAAGUCACUUUUUGGAAGACCACACAUCAAGGACUACCACCGACUGUUCACUAUCGCCGGAAACCAAUACCAGACGUACAAAGCUGUUCAUCGAGCAAGAGCGUCAGGCCCUUGAGAAGCUCGGAAAUAUUUUGACCUCAUAUCUGAAGGCUCGACCAUGGGCAAACACUAUGGCGGAGAGUGAUCAAGCAUCCUGGUUAUCUUUGGUUGUCAAACCACGAUACGACCGUGAGGUCCACAGUGAUUCUCGAAUUCUCAGACUUACUUUGGAAAGUAUGAUCAUCCGUCAUACAGCGGAAGAUAUAAAUGAACAACUCUCUCAUUCUCCACUACACAAAAAGAAUGUCUAUCUCGAAGGAUGUUUGCAGGAUAAGUUGUCUUUGAAUAUAUUUUCGAUGAUAAUGAUAGUAAAUGUUAUCACCUCCGAAAGAGAGGAUGCAAUCAACUUAUUUCAUCCAAAGUCAAGACGAGCACUCAAGAAACUUGUUUCAAGCUUACGACAAGCCUCUUUCACUUGGUCAGGAUUCACCACAACAAUGAUUGAGAGCUCUCUAGAUACUGCCAAGAAGUUUCUUACGAAAGAUAGUAUCGCCGCUGGAGACAAAAAGCUUCUGGAGGAAGCAAUUAAAGUUGGGGAGCUCGCUCUUAAAAAUGGUAUCUUUACAGCUGUUAGUCGACUACAUGAAUUGGCUAUGUAUAUCCAAAAUCCUUUGCAGAAUGAGGUCAGACGCGCAUGGGCACUUGACUAUGAGGCGGGAAAUCCGACACUGAUGGGUGCUACCAUGGUAAUUGGCGCGAAAGAGGCGUUCAAUAAACUUUAUGAUGACACAGACUUAUGGGCUGAGCAGUCCAUCAUUUAUGGAGAGCAGAUGAUGAACGGAAAAGAGUUGGAAUUUCCUCCGGGGCCCGGUCAACUAAAAAAGGCGCGGCCAAACAAUACGGAGCACACACCGACUGCAAUGCCCCUUGGCUCUCUUGAAGAUCAGGAGAACGAAAAGUGGAAGGAUUCUACUAUCGUAUCUACGAUUUCCUCCAAGCUCUCGUAUCUGAUGGAUCAGGUCUUUCUUCACCACAAUCACGAAAAGAUUAUCAUAUUUCACGAAGCCGAGAACAUGGGAUAUUACAUUGCGCAAGCACUCAAAUGUAUGAACAUCCAAUAUUUGGUUUAUACUCAGAGGGAUUCAAUCUUUGAGCGUUCAAGAUGCCUUGUAAAGUUCAACACUCUCACGGUUUUCCGUGUUAUGCUCAUGGAUGUUCAUCACGCGGCUUCUCGUCUGGACAUGAGUGCGGCAUCAAGAGUUUAUUUCGUAAAUCCUGUCUCUUCACCACGAGUUGAGACACACGCUAUCAAUACAGCUCACCGCAUCGGACAGCUUCGCCCUGUAUUUGUCGAAACUUUGGUUCUCAAAGGAAGUAUCGACGAGGUCAUUUUGACAAGACGAGGGACAAUGAAUGACCAGGAGCAUAUGCACUUGAGGGAUUUCCUCGAUGAUCAAACACUGUACGACUGUCUCAGAAGCGCUCGAUUUUAUCCCAUCCCAGGUGGACGAAUUUCAGGUCCAGACCAAUUGGCUCCACUCGUCCGUCCACAACUAGCUUUUACGAAGCUUAUGGUUGUUUCAAAUGAAGCCGAAGAUCAAUUCCCCGCGUGUCUUACAAGGCACAGUACUUCCAGAUGGAGUAAGAGUAUUACAAAUAGUUUGAUGUUGUCUGAAUCUGCUGUAAGGAGUGCGGAAUUGAGUUCCCGGGUGAGAGCCUUAGGAGCCGAUCUUCAAUACCAGAUUCUUGAUCGUUUCAGACAAGGACUUAAUGAACGGAUGGCUGCUGACUGGAUGACUGAUGAUCGGAUUGGCGGGCUGAGGGAAGUAGAUUUUAGCACUACUGAUUCAUGGUCACGACGCCAACAUAGAGUUUCGAGAGAUUAUGCCUCCCGUCUUGCUAGUGAAUUCACCGGUCAAACAGAUUUUCUCGCCUCGUUAGCCGUUAAUGGGAGGAUAUCAUCCGCACUCUUCAACUCACUCCUAAAUUCUGCGGCCGACAAUCAUUCCAAUGCCUACAGGAGUAGACAAUCCGCACCUUCCAACACACCCGAGGACAUGGAUAUGAUAGAUGAGCAGAGUCCUGGGCGUGAGUUUGAUGACGAAGACCAAUUCGUAAUCCAAAAUGAAGAUGAAGGCCCACUGCUUCGCCGCCAACAUGCAUCUCAUGGAACUCAAUUGAGAGUGAUUUAUGAAGAUGAAGAUGAGGAUGAGGUUGAGGAUGAGGAUGGGGAUGAGCUGAUUGAGAUGGGGACUUGGGGUGAAGAGGUUGAUCAGACGGCAGAGAAUGAGACUCGGACUGAAGAAGACAUGGUGGCCGCUCGGUUGGCUGCGGACGAGGGAGAUUUGGCAGAGCUAGCGGCUAUAAAUGCUGAGUAUGGGGCACCUGAUAUGAAUCUAUAUGAUGAGUGA